CACCUCGCCGCGCUGUUGGAGGGGUCGGGUCUGUGGCCGUGGGAUACCUCUCGAGGUGUUUGGGCCGUGUGAGGUCAGCAGUAUCGACGGUCUUCCUAUCUCUUCGGCCCGGCUUUGCCAGAUGGGGGAAGAGAGCGAGCGUGAGCGAGGUGUGCAGCCCGCCGUGGUCGAGGGCCGACGCAUGGCGGUGCUGUAUGGGUCAGAGACCGGGAACGCCGAGGAAAUUGCAGUAGAGCUGGGCAAAAUGGCCGAGAGGCUGCACUUUCAAACGAGCGUGGAUGAGAUGGAUCGCUUCAAACUGACAGACAUCCUGCGCACAUCGCUGGUCAUCUUUAUCACGUCCACCACGGGGCAGGGUGACAUGCCAAAGAACACGUUGAGGUUCUGGAAAAAUAUCAGGCGGGAGAAGCUUAACAAUACCAACUGCCUACGAUCACUGCGGUUCACCGUCUUCGGGUUGGGCGACAGCUCCUACAUAAAGUUCAACUGGGCGGCAAGGAAGCUGCGAGCAAGGCUCCUGCAACUCGGGGCAACCGAGUUCUUUCGACCCGGCGAGGGGGACGAGCGACACGACAACGGCAUCGACAGCAUCUACCUCCCCUGGCAGGAGGAGCUCAAGGCUGUCUUGAUCAGCGACCACCCGCUCCCGGAGUCAAUCAGCCCAAUCCCCGACGACGUUGCGCUUCCACCCAAGUAUUGCCUCGAGCUGCUAUCGAGCAGCAUGUCUGUCGAUGGCGGGGAGUCGCUGGCCGAGGUCGAGCGCCGGUUCCUAGCGUUGAGGACCAAGAACGCGGCUCGGUCCCAUGUCGACCAUCCCAAAUCAGCCGCAGAACAGGCCCGGGAAGACUGGGCACGGCUAAGCGUUAAGUUCCCCGCCGACUACGCUCGCCGAGAUCAAACGUGGGAACGGCAAGCUAAGCGGCCUGUUGAGGUUUUGGACAAGGACAACAUCCUCAAGGAUCAUCCGCAAAAGUAUCUCCUCGAGCCGCAACCCGCCGGAGUGCCGGAACUCCCGCCCGCAGACCUGCUCCCGAUUCCGGACACCUGGCCUGCCACGCUAGUGCGCAAUGAGCGAGUGACGCCGGCGGACCACUGGCAGGACGUUCGUCACCUAAGCUUUCAUUUGAAGCUCCCGGCUAAGGAUCGAAUGUGUGUUGCCAAGCUCGCUGGCCAGCUCACCCUCACCAUCUGGCCGAAAAACUAUCCGGAGGAUGUCCAGGAGCUGAUCUCUAUCAUGGACUGGGGGCCAGUCGCAGACGAGCCCCUCGUGGUCAAAGGCGGCCCUCCGGGGGUCUACGUCAAGGACGGUAUUGCGACGCUGCGGCAUUUACUCACUCACAAUCUGGACAUCACGGCAGUGCCAAAGCGCAACUUUCUCAGGGAGCUGAUGCAUUUUACCAACGACGAGAGGGAACGGGAACGACUCCAGGAGUUCGUCAAGCCAGGCGGCGAGCAGGAGUUCUACGACUAUACAUGUCGGCCCCGUCGCACCAUCCUGGAAGUCCUGCGGGAUUUCACCUGUGUCAGGAUCCCGUUUCGAAGGGUCCUCGACCUAUUUCCUCCCAUCCGCCACCGUGAUUUCAGCGUCUGCAAUGCGGGUGAAAGUUUAAGAACGCUUGUCGAGAAAGAUACGCUCGCCUUCGACGUCCUGGCCGCUCUCGUCGAGUACAAGACAAUCAUCCGCAAGCCUCGCCAGGGCCUCUGCUCCCGAUACCUCAAGCAUCUGGCCGUCGGCACCGAGCUGUCCGUCAAGUUGACCAUGUCAAGCGGGACUCGCCUCGUGGAUAACGACUACGAGGCACAUCGGCCCCUUAUCGCGAUCGCCACCGGCACCGGCAUAGCGCCGAUCCGCGCCCUCAUCCAAGAGCGCGCCAUAUAUAGGCAUCCGGGCGACACCCUUCUCUUCUUUGGCUGCCGCAACCGCUCGGCCGACUUCUACUUCGAGCACGAGUGGGCGCUGUAUCCCAACUUGAGAGUCUACCCAGCCUUUUCCAGAGACCACAUUGCCCCCGAUCCCGGGACGACGGCCAUCUCAAUCGCGGCCAGCGAAACCUCCGCCUCCGCCUCCAGCACCACCAGUACACCCACACCGGCCAACGGCUUCGCUAGUAGCAGCGUGCUGGACAGCCCCGAUAGCAUCCUCUCCAAGGUCGAGUACGACGCCAACAAGAACUAUGUUCAGCACCUCAUCCGCAAGCACGCCAAGGACGUCGCGCAUCUGCUGCAGCGCGACCCCAUCGUCUGCGUCUGCGGCAAUGUGGGGCGCAUGCCCAUCUCGGUGCGCAAUGCCUUGCUCGACGUGCUGGUCAUGACCGGGAUGGCGAGGGACAAGGAGGAGGCGCUGACCUGGUUCAACAACCCGAACAAUAUGACCUUCUGGCAGGAGGUGUGGUAAAUCUGACUUGUACAAGUACAGCCGCAAGGAUGUAGAUUACAGCAAGCCUGCGUCUGCUUUCAGAACUGGGGGG